GUUACGGACGGCACUGUAUUUUAACAGGGUGUUUGGUUACAUUACAAUCAAAAUGCAUAACGGCCUUGCUGAUAAUAACAGUUUGAGGGAAAUGCGCUUCAAUUUGUAUAGGAUAUCUCGUACAUUCAGUUUUGAUCAACAACAAUGGACAAAGCAGAAUUUGGCAAAUAUUUUACAAACAUAUUCCAAGAUGGAUUCAUCAUGUUAUCAAUUGGCCUUGGGCAUGACCUUGGAUUGUUCAAGGUCAUGUGUGAAGCUAAGGAACCUAUCAGCAGUAAAGAAGUGGCCAAGAAAUUAGACUUUAAAGAGAGGUACACGAGGGAAUGGUUGUCAACAAUGGUUGCUGCUAGUAUCAUAAAGCAGGACAGAGAUUCUAACCUGUACAAAGUUCCCGAGCAAUAUAAAGAAAUUAUCAUGACAAACAUGGGGUUUGCGCCGGCUUUAUUUUCUGUGGGGAUGAGGGCGAAGGCGGUAAAAGAGACAUUUAAAAAAGACGGCCCUUAUGGUAUAAAUUUCAAUGGCGAAGAAGGAGCCGAUUUCUUCCAAUGGUUUGACGGUUACAGGACAUUGAUAUGCGAUGAGACAGUAGACAAGAAAAUUUUGCCUUUGCUUGACCAGCAGGGAGCGGUUUCGAAACUGAAAUCUGGCAUCAAAGUUCUCGACUUAGGAUGCGGAACUGGUAACUAUGUCACUGCAUUUGCGCAAAGAUUUCCAAAAUCUACUUUCAUUGGUUUAGAUUAUUCGGAAGUAAGUCUAAAGCGUUGUAACGAAAGUAAACAGGAAAAAGCCUUAACAAAUGUAACAUUCACCAAGUGUGAUGCGCACAAUUUACCGGAUGAAUGGGCAGAAAGUUUCGAUUAUGUGUUUGUGUAUGAUGUCCUACAUGAUUUACCAAACCCCCACAAAGCUCUAGGACAAAUCUACAAAGUUCUGAAGAAAGAUGGCUUCUUCAGUCUCAUAGAGAUAGGCUUUCAUAGCAACCCAGUCGACAAUGCAGAUGAUAAAGGUGCUGCACUGUAUUAUGGAGUAAGCACUUUCAUAUGUCUACAAUCCAGUAUGUCAGAGGAACCCCAUAUAGGAUAUGGUGCUUGCUGGGGUAAAGAAAAUAUUGAAAAGGCAUUGCUAGAUGCAAACUUCAAAAUCAAUGCGAAAUCAUCACUGAUUGAUAUUGAUAAGGAAGCCUUUUUCUUUUGUACGAAGUAGUUAACAGUAAAAAGCCAGCAAAUACAUAUUUGCUGAUACAUUGUACAGUUACUUUUCAAAUGUGAUUUUAAAGUAGAUUUUUUAUGAAUUCAUUAUAAUACCCAGACUAUUUCUUAUAUUUGUUUGCAUUUUUCGUGUAUCCGAUGUACUCUCUUCCGAAUUAAAAUUAUAAAAACUUUA